AUGACUACGCUUGUUUCGUCACCUUAUGUUGAGCAAGACCACCUCCUCCAGCUCUCUAGGCUUCAGCCCGAGUUUCAGGCCACAGCCCACGCUCUCCAGACCUUGCGUGCAACCUCACCCAAAUAUGCUGUAGAAGACUACAUCUCCAGCUUCAACAUAAAUGAGAUCGUUGAACAAAUACGUGCCGAGGCAUCACAGAAGGGAUUCCCAAUUCCUCACCAGAUUUACGUGAUUGCAUUCCGGUCUGUUCUCAAACCCGACAUUCGUUCCGAUCCUGAAAAAAUCAAUCUUCUCUACGAAGCUGAUAAGCAGUCACAUGCAGAAGCCAACAUACUGGGAGGUCUCCUAAAAUAUUGGUAUGGAGAACCCGACCGGAAAACUGGCCAUAACUUAGCCACAUGCUGGUGGCGAAGCUUUGAGGACGCCAAAAAAGGUGGAAUUGGGAAAGCCCACAGAGAGAGUGUCUCUCGUACUAGAGAUUGGUAUUCUUACUGGAAGGUAGAACAGUACAUACUUCAGAUAAGCGAGGGGGAUUGGCAAUGGAAGCCAUGGCUGCAGUGA